ACGUAAUCUGACAGGUCGGAAAGAGAGAAAAAAAGAAACGUUGAGAUAGAUUUCCAGAGAGAGAGUUUUUCAGAUUUGUCGCUUUAUUGCAAUUUCUAAUUUUUAAUUUUUAAUUUUUAAUUUUUAAUUUUUUGAUUGGUGGAGACUCGGAAGGGAAGGAGGACAUGCUGGGCUCAACAAAAGCCACAACUGAUCCUCAUAAUCAACAAUAUCAUCAUCAGCCGAUGGACGGUGACGCCCAUGAUCAUCAUCAUCAUCAUCUUCUCCACGAUGCUGCGAAUGAUGAAGAGCCUUCUUCUUCUGAGGUUUCGUGCUCGAUUUGUCUCGAUACGGUGUUGGAUAAUGGGGGUAGAUCCAGAGCUAAGCUUCAAUGCGGCCAUGAAUUCCAUCUGGAUUGCAUUGGUUCGGCAUUCAAUAUGAAAGGAGCAAUGCAAUGCCCAAAUUGCAGAAAAGUUGAAAAAGGCCAAUGGCUCUAUGCUAAUGACUCUACUCGUACCUUACAUGAGAUGAGCAUGGAUGACUGGAUCCCUGAUGAGGACUUCUAUGAUCUAAGUUAUUCUGAAAUGCCAUAUAGAGUUCACUGGUGUCCAUUUGGUGAAUUGGCACAAGUUGGUUCAUCUUAUGAGGAAGUAGAAUCACCAUCAACCACCUAUCAUGACUUAAGGGGACACCAUUCAGUUUAUGCUGAACACACAGCUGCAUCAUCAGUGGCUCAUUCAUAUGUUGCAUAUGUUGGGUCAAUUCCUCCCAACUCCUCAAGAUCUAAUGAUAGCAGCAUUGAUGAUCCCAACUUCAAUCAUCACUGGAAUGGUUCAUCUGGACACCAUGAGAUCUUUACCGCGCAGGCUUUUCCUGCCAUUAAUAUCCAAUACCAUAGUUGGGGCCGCAGGUCCCCUCCUUUCUCUGUAUCUGGUAGCCACAUAAAUGGUGUUGACCCUGCUUCUGUUCCUCUGACGUUCAGAUCAUCAAAUGGUGAAUCAGAUACAAGAACAAGGUCCACAUCUUUUCCACAUCCAGUUGUACUUGGUCAUGGGUCUGGUUCUACAGCUGGCAGCUCAUUUGCCUCUUCAGUUGUUCCUCACCAUCCAGGAAGCAGUGCUCGGACCCAUGAAAGGAUCCAGAUUUCCCAUGCUUUCCAUCAUCGUCAACAUUCUAGCAAUUCACCUGGCUUUCCACCGCCUAUCAUUCAUGGUAUGAGGAGAUUUGAUGUUCCAAGGGGCUUGCCUUCGAUACUACCCGCACCCCUUCAGCAUGAACAUAAUGGUAGUUUCUUAAUCAUUCCUCCAAGUUCAUCAGGCCAGAAUCUACAAGAAACAGAAAAUCCUUUCCGGAAUUAUUUUAAUCCAUGGGAAAGGGAGCAUUGGACUCAUCUCCAACACGUAUCAUUUGAUAGGGACUCAGGGUGGGGAUCAUUUCGUCAGAGUACUGGCGGUCCCAGUGCUGGAAACAGAUCUAGUGGCUUUGGGAAUAGGCAUUAGGAUCUCUUCAUUGUGGCUGCAAAAGCUUAUCAAUGAAAUUCAUCCCAUUUAUUGGAAACAUUUAAUUAUGUUGCGCUCAAAUGACUGAAACAGUGUUAUGUAUCGCAACUGAUACUGUUAUCAUUUUUGUAAAUUUGAUCAAAUUUGCACUAUCAACAAUUUGGCUUUCUGAAACUGUAAAGUUAUUUUCUUAAGAUGGGAUGAGGUAAUGGAUCUGUUUCGGUUCAUUAUUUUGUAA